UUCAGAGUCUCGGGCAUGCCGGCUAAGUACCCGGAUGUAUGCGAAGCCAUGUGCACUUCCAUCCAGUCAGCCCUCACUCCAGUCGUUAUAUCACAUCGUCUGACAGACGUGCCUCCUCCUUAGCCGCUCCAGCCUCUAACAACACACACCACGCAAACAUGUUUCGUCUACCCACAAUCAUGAAGCAGGUAAGGCCAGUGUGCAGGACGCUAGCGCCCCACCUCACACGUGCCUACGCCAAAGAGGUCAAAUUCGGCGCAGAUGCCCGCGCCCUCAUGUUACAAGGUGUUGACCUGCUGGCCGAUACGGUUGCGGUCACCAUGGGUCCGAAGGGCCGUACGGUCAUCAUCGAGCAGAGCUGGGGCAGCCCGAAGGUGACCAAAGAUGGCGUGACUGUGGCCAAGAGCAUCGAGUUGAAGGACAAGUACAAGAACAUUGGUGCCAAGCUGGUGCAGGACGUGGCCAACAACACCAAUGAGGAAGCAGGUGACGGCACCACCACUGCCACAGUGCUGGCACGCGCCAUCGCCAAGGAGGGCUUCGACACCAUCAGCAAGGGGGCCAACCCUGUGGAGAUCCGUCGUGGUGUCAUGAUGGCCGUCGAAACAGUCAUCAAUGAGCUCAAACGGCUCUCCAAGCCAGUCACCACGCCUGAGGAGAUUGCACAGGUUGCCACCAUCUCAGCCAAUGGCGACACAGAGAUUGGCAAUGUCAUCUCCAACGCCAUGAAGAGAGUUGGUCGCAAAGGUGUCAUCACUGUCAAGGAUGGGAAAACUCUUCAUGAUGAGUUGGAGGUCAUCGAGGGUAUGAAGUUUGACCGUGGUUACAUCUCUCCAUACUUCAUCAACGCGGCCAAGGGUCAGAAAUGUGAGUUCCAGGAUGCUUACCUGCUGCUCAGUGAGAAGAAAAUCUCCAGCGUGCAGAGCAUUGUUCCCGCUCUGGAAAUCGCCAACCAGCACCGCAAGCCUCUGGUUAUUGUGGCCGAGGAUGUGGAUGGAGAGGCCCUCAGCACCUUGGUGCUUAACAGGUUGAAGGUUGGCCUGCAGGUGGUCGCAGUUAAAGCUCCAGGCUUCGGAGACAACAGGAAGAACCAGCUGAAGGAUAUGGCUAUCGCCACUGGGGGCACUGUGUUUGGCGAUGAUGCUGUGGGCGUGGCUCUUGAGGACAUCCAGGCGCACGACUUUGGCAAGGUGGGCGAGGUGCAGAUCACCAAAGACGACACGCUGCUCUUAAAGGGCGGCGGCGCACCUGCCGACGUGGAGAAGCGGGCGGCCGAGAUCGUGGAGCAGCUGGAGAAUACCACCAGCGACUACGAAAAGGAAAAGCUCAAUGAGCGUCUGGCCAAGCUCUCGGACGGCGUGGCCGUGCUUAAGAUCGGAGGGACCAGUGACGUUGAGGUGAACGAGAAGAAGGACCGCGUGACAGACGCUCUGAACGCCACGCGGGCAGCCGUGGAGGAAGGAAUCGUGCCCGGCGGCGGCUGUGCUCUGCUGCGCUGCAUUCCCUCCCUGGAAGCCAUCAAACCUGCCAACGACGACCAGAAGAUUGGUGUGGAUAUCAUCAGGCGAGCGCUGCGCAUCCCCGCCAUGACCAUCGCCAAGAAUGCUGGCGUGGAGGGCUCGCUGGUGGUGGAGAAGAUCCUGCAGGCGCCUGCCGAGGUGGGCUACGACGCCAUGCUGGGCGAGUACGUCAACAUGGUGGAGAAGGGCAUCAUUGACCCCACCAAGGUGGUGAGGACGGCCCUGCUGGACGCAGCGGGUGUGGCCUCGCUGCUCGCCACCGCCGAGGCGGUCGUCACGGAGAUCCCCAAGGAGGAGAAGGACAUGCCAGCCGGCGGUAUGGGUGGAAUGGGCGGCAUGGGUGGCAUGGGUGGUGGCAUGGGUUUCUAAAAGGCAACGCCCGUCAUCCCUCCAUGACUGUAUAGACUAAACAAAAUGGCGCCUCUGAGACUCUGCACUCAUAACUCACUGAACCUGACCAAGAGGAAGUUGGCACUGCAGGUGGCUCACCUUUCGUCUUUACGCCAGCCCUCCGGGAGGUGGUCCACUUGCCUCUCGCAUCAGUUAAUCCACAACUUGUGUAAAAUACAUGCAACUCGGUAGACAGACAUUUUCUCCCCCCCGCAGAAACUCAGCAGCCAGGUUUACAGGAACAGCGUCCUCUAUAGGUUGGUUUAGUGUUGACCGCUAUUUAGUUGAUCUCGACAGGUAUCUCUGAGGGUUUAGGAUGACUAUACCCCUCAGUUGUGUUCAAUACUGUUUGGCCCUGCAUUGACUUCCUGCAGUGAAUAUCUGUUUCAACUUCCAGUAAAGGUCAUAUCCUAAAAAAUGUAACACUGUAAAAAAACAAAACAAAGCAGAGUGAAGUGAAGCCAAGAAUGUGUUGCUGUCAUUUGUAUUUGUCAUGACUUAAUUUUCUUUUUUAUAUAUGUAUGUCAUAGGUUUUGCCCUGCCGUUGAAGCAGGUGGAGGCUUAUUUGAUUUAAUUAAACCAAUUUUUCAAAUGA